UAGCGACAACGCCAACGCCGCCGCCAUGGCCGGGCCGGCCCCGCUGCUGCCCGCCGAGGCCGAGGCGCUGAUGGCUUCGGCAGCACGAGUACGUGGAGAAGCUCAAUAUGCAUGCCAUCCUGAGCGCUUCUGCAGGCCAGGAGCAGCUCCUCACUGAGCUGCUGGUCACCUACGCCAAGAUUCCUGUUCUCAUUGGGGAGCUGAUCUCUGUGGAGAUCUGGAAACACAAGAUCUUUCCUGUGCUGUGCCGGCUGGAGGACUUCAAGCCAAGAAGCACCUUCCCCAUCUAUGUGGUGCUGCAUCAUGAAGCCUCCAUCAUUAACCUCUUGGAGACCGUGUUUUUUUACAAGGAGAUCUGCGAGUCAGCAGAGGACAGCAUUCUGGAUUUAAUUGAUUAUUGCCACCGCAAACUGACCCUGCUCGCAGCUCGGAGCACCAAUGGACAGACAGUGACCCCGACAGAGCUUCGUCCUGAGGAUCUGGCCAGCCCCUCGUCCAUGCAGCCACGCUUCCACCCUCUCUCGUGA